AUGUAUUUCCUCAGUUGCCUGUCGGACAGCACCAGUCUUACCUUCGUAGCGGCGAUUGUGGUCGCUGCCUGGUUUCCCUUCAUCGCCCUUGCUCAGUCCACUGGCAGCGAGCCUUCGCUACGAGUCCAAAUUUCAAUCGAGGAUGGACUCUUGAACAGCACGACAGAUGGCCGAGUGGUCGUUCUAUUUGCACCGAGUGGAGUGGAUCCCCUCGAGGACACCGACGUCACAUCCAGCCCCGACUUGUUUUGGGGUAUGAACGUGUACGACCUGAGCGCCUCAGACACCAUCACUCUAUCAGGUGGAGGGGGAAACAACACCAGAACUGGCGUUUUCGGCUUCCCUAACGCAACCCUCGAAGACGUCCCUACUGGCAACUAUUCGGUGCAAGCGUUCCUCACCCCCUACGAGAAGGUAUCUCGGAGCGACGGUUCAAUCGUCAGUGUUCAUUUCCCCUGUGGCGAUGGAGCACCGAACAUUGCUGGGGCUGGGAGCCUGUUUACAUCAGUAGUAGACAUCGAUUUGGGAGAAGCUGAACAAACCGUCGAGCUCGUCUUCAACAACGUAACGGCCGUUGAGGACUCUACAGGCGAGGAAAUUGGCGGAUGCUCUCAGGGUAACUACGAGGAUACCGACACGCUCAAGUAUGUCAAAAUCCGCAGCAAUGCUCUCAGCGAUUUCUGGGGUCGCGACAUGUACGUCGGCGCCAAUGUCCUACUUCCCAGCGGAUACGACGCCAACGACACAAGUGUGCGCUAUCCAGUCAUCUAUUCUCAGGGCCAUUGGCCUGCAGACACGGGAGCUUUUCGUUAUCCUACGGCAAACUUCUCAGAAGCGUGGGAUAAUGGCACAAUCCCCGGCAAUGACGGCGAGCCUGACAGGCCCACACCGAAAAUGGUUAUGGUGACUUUCCGCCACGAGGCGCCAUUUUAUGAUGAUUCCUACGCGGUCAAUACGGCCAACAUCGGCCCUUAUGGCGACGCGAUCAAUGAUGAGCUUAUCCCCUAUCUCGACUCCAUCUUCAAUACAAUACCCGAACCGUAUGCACGCAUUCAAGUCGGUGGGUCGACCGGAGGCUGGAUCUCUGCCGCCAGUGUCAUCUUCCGGCCGGAUCUGUUUGGGGCCUGCUUCUCGUCAUAUCCGGAUUCCCUAGACUUCCACAGCCACCAGGCCAUCCCGCUAUACACAUCCACCAGCGCCUACGAAUUCGCCAACGGAACCGCGAUCCCCUCAAUCCGUGAGUUCGACGACAACGGCACGGAAAUCAUCCUAGCCACGGUGGCGCAAGAAAACCACUGGGAGCUUACAUUCGGCAGCUCGUCGCGCUCAUUCCUGCAAUGGGACGUGUGGAACGCAGUGUUCGGUGUGCAGGGGCUCAACAGCUACCCCCUGGAGCCGUGGAACAAGGUCACGGGAGAGAUCUACCCGGAGGCGGUCGAGUACUGGAAGCACAUGGACCUGGCGAAUUACAUCGUCAGCAACUGGGACAACGAGCGCAACCUGGGCGAGGCGCUCAAAAACCGAAUCUUCGUCUACGUCGGCACUUGGGACGACUACUUCCUCAAUCUCGGAGUCGAAGAGUUCCAGAAGACCGUCGAAGCCGUGUCCGGGCCCGACUGGGUCAACAUCACCAUCCUGCCGGAGAAGCCACACGGCGGAAACUACCAGGCCCGCGAGAUCUGGGACUUCCUCGAACUCGUCUACGACUGGAUCCAAGACCAUUCGCCCCAGGGCGCCACGCCGCUCUCCAGCGCCGUCACCGUCCCAUCCUCUCGAGGGAACGCCUUCGCUGAAGUCCUCUCCUACGGCGGUCACCAGGCCGCACUGGCGCGCCAGGCGUCGCCUUCCAUCGAUCCAACGUCCAGCAGUGCGGGGGGCUGCACGUUCUCUGCGAGCGUCGGACGCUGGGACCCCGGCGUGACGCUCGAGGCGGCAUGGCUGCUCAACGGCAAACCGACCAGCGAGCCCUUCGAUGUCGCCCAGAGCGCGAACCUGACCUACACCCUCGACGCCGCGGCGCCUAAGAGGUCCUAUCUCCAGCUUGCCGUCACUGGCCGAAAGUCUGGCUACCUCGAUGAGACGAGGCUGAGUGAUAGCGUCGCUUUGAAGUGGUAG